CAAAUGUUUAAGAAAAUUGUAUAUGUGAGACAUGUUGGCAGAUUUGUGGUAACCAGAAAUAUGCAUCUCGCAACUGGAAAGCUGAAGAAAUCAUGAUGGGAAUCGCCAAUCCUGUGAAAAUGUCGAAAAUGUUGGGAAGAGGUUCGUGUCGGCCUCACUUCUCUUUACCCAAACAAAUUCAUCAGCAGCUAAAGGUAGCUGACGUCUGGUUUACUGAUGUUUCGGAGGUGGUCGCUGCUUCCACUAUCAGGGUCCUGAUUAUGAUAUCUUCGAAACGACGGUACAUUUCUACCUGGAAACACGGGGCAACAGACCGGAAGACUCCCAUCUUCAUAAUCGCCGUCGUCUGCCUGGUUCUUCCUCAGCAACUCCCUGUCUCUUUGCGACUUUGCGCCGACUGCAUAGGAUGGAAGGCGCACUGGGGCGCCGUGAGAUGGGAGCCGGCCAGCCAGCGAGCGAGCGAGCCGUGCCGUGCCGUGUGUAGGCGCGCCGGUCCGGGCAGUAGCGUCGAACCGAUCCGUGCCGUCCCGCUGCUCGCGCUCCGCAGUCAGUUGGAGUCGAACUGUAGCUAUGUGAGGCGUAAUGCCCGACACUCCAGCCACUUCCAGCCCGCCGGGACCAUCCGCCACGACGGCGGGACCCAGGCCUGGGGGCGGUGCCGCCCCCGGCGGAGGCGGCGGGAAGGGUGUCAAGUCCCAGGUGAAACCGUUCACGCGAGAAUCCCUGGAGCGGAUGGAGAAGAAGACGGUGCAGCUGAUUAAGGAAUACGGAUUUCAGCCGCGCAGGAAGCUGAGCGUGGAGGACGGCUCCGUGUUGCCCGGGAAGUUUGAGCCGUUCCCCGGCCGACUCUACGGACGCCCCUUGGAGGAGAUCGACAACUUCAUCUACGACGAGACCUUCUGCGUGGUGUCGAAGCGGUUCCGCAAGAACUACAUCCACCGCUUCACCGCCAGCAAGUCGUUCUUCGUGUUUUCGCCGUGGAACGCCGUACGUCGUACCUGCAUUUUCCUGUCGACGAACCAGUACUUCGACUACGUGGUCAUGACCACCAUCCUGCUCAACUGCGUCUUCCUGGGCAUGACGGACACCGUGGAGGAGGCCGAGUAUAUGUUCCUCGCCAUCUAUACGGCAGAGAUGAUAAUCAAGUCGAUUGCCAAGGGCUUCAUUCUGAACAAGUACACGUACCUGAGGAAUCCCUGGAACUGGCUUGACUUCGUCGUAAUCACGUCAGGGUACGCCACCAUCGGCAUGGACGUCGGCAACUUGGCAGGCCUGCGGACCUUCCGCGUGCUGCGAGCCCUUAAGACUGUUUCCAUCAUGCCAGGCCUCAAGACCAUCAUCAACGCGCUGCUCCACUCGUUCAGGCAGUUGGCCGAAGUGAUGACGCUCACCAUCUUCUGCCUCAUGGUCUUCGCCCUUUUCGCCCUCCAGGUAUACAUGGGCGAGCUGAGAAACAAGUGCGUGAGGCGACCGCUCGACCGCAACGCCACGCAGCUCGAGUGGGCGCAGUGGGUGCGUGACGAGGACAACUGGCUGAAGACCGAGGGGGCGGAGGAACCGGUGAUUUGUGGCAAUGUCACGGGGGCAAGGCACUGCCCGACGGAGUUCUUCUGCCUGCAGGUGGGCGAGAAUCCGAACCACGGCUACACCAACUUCGAUAACUUCAUGUGGUCCAUGCUGACAACGUUCCAGCUCAUCACCCUCGACUAUUGGGAGAACGUGUACAACAUGGUGCUGUCAUCUUGCGGCCCAAUCAGCGUAGUUUUUUUUACGGUCGUCGUGUUUUUUGGUUCCUUUUACUUAAUCAACCUGAUGUUGGCUGUGGUAGCCUUAAGCUACGAAGAAGAGGCAGAGAUCACCCAGGAGGAACGGAGGAAGGACCUCACGGACCACAGAGACGACUCCACAUUCAGCUUCGACCCAUCGACGAUCAACGUCAAACAGCUGGACAGAAACAAACGCAAGAGGGUCGACUCCAGGAAGGGGGUGUUGCUGGCGUCUUACAGCAGGAAGAAGACUCGACGGCGGAAACGUGGGCGGGGCGGAGGGGACAACAACAGCAACGGGGGGCAGCAGGGGUGUAGCAGGUCACUCACGCCGAGUCCCCGGCACAGCAGUGGUGCCGCCUGUCACGAACAGCGGCCACAGUCCCUGACCCUCAUGCCUCCGCCCCCAUCAAAGGGCCCAGCAACUCCCCAGCCACUCGCCGCCGACACUCUCCGCCCAGCAGAUGCUUUGGGUGAGUACCAGAGAACGCGACUCAAGGCGACAGUCGGGCGUUGCCGUCGAAGGCGCUGCAUUAAUUGAUUCUCGACAUUGCCAGGACCUCCGCACCGAGGGCAGCUGUUGGCCAGCCGUCACCCCAGCGGAAAUGGUGACAGCAAUAACCGGGAGUCCUCGCUCGAUGACUCUGGAGUGGUGGACGAUCACGAGGAGGGAGACGUGACCUCGGAAGAUGUAGCUCAGAUCCCAAAUGUGGUUCAAAGGGUGGAGCCCGUCACAGUUGCCUUAAGCUCGAAAGAGAUCCGCAUCAUCAAGUGCAAUGGGGUCAGUCCGGGCGAAGGAACGCAGAAACACGUGUACACGCUUCCUGCCGACUGUCUCUCGCACAUCGUUGUGCUGGAUGACCUGCCAGACAGGAACUGUGAGAAGUGCACUCAGUGCUGCGUGGACUACGACGGGUGGUUGAGGUUCCAGAGCGGCCUGUACAAGGUGGUGCGUGACCCACUGUUUGAUCUGCUCAUCACUCUGUGCAUCAUCCUGAACACAAUGUUCCUGGCGAUGGAACACCACGGUAUGAGUGAGUCAGUACGACAGGCUCUGGACAUAGGCAAUAAAGUGUUCACAUCAAUCUUCACAUUGGAGUGCUUCCUUAAAAUUCUGGCACUCAGCAAAGAGUAUUUUGCUUGUGGCUGGAAUAUUUUUGAUCUUAUUAUUGUGUCUGCAAGUUUGUUGGACCUGUCUUUUGAGCUAAUGGAUAGCCUGGUGGUUCUCCGUUGUUUGCGUCUGUUGCGGGUUCUGAAGUUGGCUCGGUCCUGGACUACAAUGAAGGUUCUACUCAGCAUCAUUAUUUCCACAAUUGGCGCACUUGGAAACCUCACUUUUGUACUUGUUAUUGUCAUCUACAUCUUCGCCGUGAUUGGAAUGCAACUUUUUUCUAAGGACUACACUGCAGAGACAUUCUAUCCUGAUCCGAUUCCAAGAUGGAAUUUCAAUGAUUUCUUCCAUUCCUUUAUGAUGGUGUUUCGGAUAUUGUGCGGUGAGUGGAUUGAGCCACUGUGGGAUUGUAUGAGAGCUGAAAAGAAUGCGGGUGCUGAAACAUGUUUUGCGAUCUUCCUGCCAGCUUUGGUUAUGGGGAAUUUCAUGGUCCUGAACCUCUUCUUGGCCUUGUUGCUCAACAGCUUCAAUUCUGAGGAGCUGAAAUCAAAGAAAGAGGAAGUGGGGGAAGAGUCAAAGCUGGCACGUAGUUUUGAACGGCUACGUUCCAUUGUGAGGAAGAAGCGUCAAGGCAGAGAGAAGACGGAAAAUGAGCAGAACAUGCGGUUAGAAGAAAUGGUUCGGGAAGUGAUGACGCGGCACGCAGCGAGGGAGUGUUAUAAUGCUUCUAAUAUUUGUGAAACAGUGAUUGGACAAACAGUUGAUGACAAACAUCACACGGCAUUGGGUCAGGAGACAGAGAACCUGCAAUAUUCACAACAGGCAGAGGGUGAAGUGGAGGAGAACAGGAACAGUCAGUUAGAACACGGCCGACUCUCUCCAACAUUCCCGCGGGUAGUGAACAGUAUAGUGAUGGGAGAACUGGAGGAACGGAUGUACUCAGUGAGUUGUCAUGAGGCCUUGAAUAAGCACGCAGAGGACAAACGGUAUUCUCUUGUGCUACUGAAGUCAGUGCUGAACAACGUUCAUGAGUCCAAAGAUGACAAGCACUGUUCGGCGUCUAAUCAAGGCACCAUGAAGAAAGAUGUAUCAUCAUACCAGGAGGACAACAUUCUGAGGCCUUUGGUAGACAGGCAGUUGUCUGUCACUACUCAUCAUACAGAAAGCAAAGAUGAGUCCAAUGCUGAGGAGAGUUUGGAGCUGGAGACACUGGAUAAGCCCCCAGGAGAAACAGAGACAAUGUUACCUAGCGUAGAAAAGCACAUCAGUGGCUCCAAACAGCCCUGGCAAGCCCUCGCUUCAUACGUUGAUGAGCUGACUGUUGGGGGGCGGAGGGAUUCUCAGGGCCAUUAUGUGGAUGGAAUGGGCAGCUUCCCAGGAUUUGGCCGCAAUAAGUCUGUUAAAGCGCCACAGGACUGCUUUCCACAGCAUUGCUACCAACGGUGUAUGUGCUGUGACCGCUACUUGGACACACCCUGUGGCCAGCGCUGGACUCACAUUCGUACACAGGUCCUCUCUGUGGUAGACACCCCAGUGUUCGAAUGGUUUAUUCUUGUCCUGAUCUUUGCGUCAAGCAUCACUCUCUGCUUUGAAGAUAUCUACCUGGAUGAGAACAUUGUGCUCAAAAAAGUUCUUUACUGGACCAAUUUGGGAUUCUGUGCCCUCUUUAGUAUAGAGAUGAUGCUCAAGUGGCUGGCGCUCGGCUUUUGGAGGUACUUCACCAGCUUCUGGACAAUCCUCGACUUCAUCAUCGUGUUUGUCUCCAUAUUUAGUCUGCUUAUCGAGGAGAAUGAGAACUUGAAGGUCCUGCGGUCCCUUCGGACUCUCCGAGCCUUGCGACCUCUUAGAGCCAUUUCCAGAUGGCAGGGCAUGAGGAUAGUCGUGAAUGCACUCAUGUAUGCUAUCCCCUCCAUCUUCAAUGUGCUCCUCGUGUGUCUCGUCUUCUGGCUUAUCUUCUCCAUCAUGGGUGUCCAGUUCUUUGGCGGAAAGUUUUUUAAGUGUGUGGAUGCGGAUGGCAACCUUCUGCCUGUCGCUGAUGUGGACGGUGUGGAUGAAUGUGAACAUAAAAAUUAUUCGUGGGUGAAUUCUAAAAUAACAUUUGAUAAUGUCGGAAAUGCUUAUUUGGCAUUGUUUCAAGUGGCUACAUUUGAGGGUUGGAUGGAAGUGAUGGCUGACGCAGUAGAUGCACGAGGGGUGAACCUUCAGCCUCAGAGAGAAGCAAAUCUCUACGCUUACUUGUACUUUGUUGUCUUCAUCGUGUGUGGCUCCUUCUUCACACUUAACCUCUUCAUUGGUGUUAUCAUUGACAACUUCAACAUGCUCAAGAAAAAGUAUGAGGGUGGCGUACUGGAGAUGUUCCUCACAGAGAGUCAGAAGCACUAUUACACAGCAAUGAAGAAGCUGGGCAGAAAGAAGCCUCAGAAGGUGAUCAAACGACCCAUGAACCAAGUGCUGGCGAUGUUCUACGACCUCUCAAAUUCCAGAAGGUUUGAAAUUGCGAUCUUUGUCUUGAUAUUCCUCAACAUGCUGACAAUGGGCAUUGAGCAUUACAACCAGCCGCACGCCGUGUUCUUCGUACUUGAAGUGAGCAAUGCAUUCUUCACUACAGUCUUUGGCUUAGAGGCAAUUGUGAAGAUCGUCGGAUUGAGGUACCACUACUUCACAGUGCCAUGGAACCUUUUUGACUUCCUGUUGGUUGUAGCAUCCAUCCUUGGAAUCUUGAUGGAGGACAUUAUGAUUGACUUCCCAGUAUCGCCUACUCUCCUCAGGGUUGUGCGCGUCUUCCGUAUCGGACGCAUCCUACGCCUCAUAAAGGCUGCAAAAGGAAUCAGGAAGCUGCUGUUUGCACUGGUGGUGUCACUGCCAGCUCUCUUCAACAUUGGUGCACUCUUGGCUCUCAUCACUUUCAUAUAUGCUAUCAUUGGCAUGUCGGUGUUUGGGCACGUCAGGCAGCAGGGCGCACUGGACGACAUGGUCAACUUUGAGACGUUCGGACGCAGCAUGCAACUCUUGUUCAGGCUCAUGACAUCAGCUGGGUGGAAUGACGUGUUGGAAUCACUGAUGAUCCAACCUCCAAACUGUAACCCAACAUACAAUAACCAACCAAAUGGUGACUGUGGUUCCCCACUGUUGGCAAUCACAUACUUCACCAGUUUCAUCAUCAUCAGCUACAUGAUUGUGAUCAACAUGUACAUUGCCAUCAUCCUGGAGAACUUUAAUCAGGCGCACCAAGAGGAAGAGAUCGGUAUCGUGGAAGAUGACCUUGAGAUGUUCUACAUUCGCUGGUCAAAGUAUGACCCACAUGCGACACAGUUCAUUCGCUUCACGCAGCUGUCAGACUUCAUUGCCAGCCUUGAUCCUCCUCUGGGAAUCCCGAAGCCCAAUAUUGUAGCCCUCGUGAGCUUCAAUCUUCCCAUUGCCCGUGGAAACAAGAUCCAUUGCUUGGACAUCUUACACUCGCUCGUCAAGUACGUACUGGGACACGUUGAGGAAACCGAAGACUUCAGGAAGCUCCAAGACCAAAUGGAUAUCAAGUUCAAGAAACAGUUCCCUACCAGGAAAGAACUCGAGAUAGUGUCAUCUACACGCAUUUGGAAACGCCAGGACAAAGCUGCGAGAACCAUCCAGACAGCAUUCAGAGAGUACAUCAGGUUGAAACGAGAGAGGGAGAGGGAGCCACUGGACUUGGAGGAUGAGAUGACACAAACGUCAAGUCCAGGUGGUGGAUGGCAGAGCCGUCUGUCAGCAUUCCUCCAUGUUCAUCGUGGCAGCCGGGCUUCAUCUCGCAAAUCCUCGCGUGCUUCAGACGCCAGCGAACUGUCAGAACUAGGGGGAGCGUGGCUGAAUUUGCCACUGCUAUUCUUGUCAGGAGCCCACCAAAGCCAGACAGAGGACCCAGAGGUGCCCGCUCAAGUCACUGACAAUGGAAAUGUGUGUAUCAUGGUGAGUGAACCGUCACCCGACACGGGACCCGUUUUCGCAGACGAAGCAAAACCGAACAGUAGCCUAGUCCUGCCAGUUGGUGUGAAGGACAAGUUGCAAGAACCAUUGCACAGUGGUGAUGUGAGCAUUUUAGUUACACAAGCCUCGCCAGAUGCAACCACUGAGGAACAAAGACCUGACGAUACCAGUGGGGAUAGCAUUAAUGCCUUUCAGACGGGUAACAGAACCCAGGAGUCUGACAAGGGUAGGACCAUGAUGAGCUUAGAAACAACUUUAUCAUCAGUGACGGCCGCUGCAGCCUUGGACAGGCAUCCACUGGGACUGCUGCGACCAGUAGGGACUGUGCUUUCCUUGUUUCCUAUGCCGCUGGGGAAUGGCAAAGACACCGGUGCGGUUCCACGGAAACCACCGUCUGAAGCUAUCACAGGUCCUGUGGACAUGCACCCAGUUCGUGUAAGACCAGGCACUGGACUCUCUUUGCCCCCCUCAGAGACUUGCACCAGCAGAACCAUGGCCAAAUCAUCACCUGAACGGCGACGUGCUAGACUUCGGAGAAGACGAUCAAGCGAUGCCACAUUGGUACAUGUUUUGGUUCACAGGGAGUCUGAAGAAUCAGCUGAUGACAAAGGAAGCUGAUGGGUCAUGGAUUAGAUCAUCAAUUGUUCUGCAACUCUCUUCUGUGAAACGAAGGGAUAGCUGCUGAUCCUUGUGAUCUGCAUUUUGUUGAACCCUGCACACACAUGCCCAAAAGUUUCACAUGCGAAAAUAAAUGCAAUAAUGUUAGUAAUAGGUCUAAAAUUCGGAUGUGCGAUUUUGUGUGUGCGCGUGUCAGGGCUUUAAUUGCACCAUUCCCUGGGUGCAUGUGUUACAGGUAGAGGUGCACUGCACCUGUGAAGUGGACCAAUACUGUUAUGAAUGCAAUCAGAGAGGUAAGUUAUGGCUGUGUCAAGAUAAACCUUUAUAUGUGGCAUCAUACAUACAUUCGCGUGGUGUUAGUCAAUUACGGCAGGUAUAAACUUAUAGUCAAUUUACCAGAUUGAUUCCUUUCAUCUCUUAAAUCUCAAUUUGUACAAUCAAAAGGAUCCCAUUUUACUUAGCUUCAACUGCAUCACUCAAAAGCACGGGGCCCAGGAUCUUAGUUUGCGCAAGACAUAUCCAUAGUUGUCAACAGAAAUGUCCCGUAGUUUGUUACUCAUCCAACAAAUGUUGUAGGCAGAUGUUCCUUACAACUUGUCACCAUGGGGCCCGUGAUUUUAGUGGCGACGGUAGAAUCUAGACUUCACAGACAGAUGUUACUGUAUUUUUUAUUACUGCUCAAAUCUUUCCUUUCAUAUAUACUUCAUGUUUUAACUUUAUCUACUUCUUAUCAGUCUAUUGCUAAAUUUAUGAACAUGGAACCAGGGAUUAAUAAAGAAACCUAAGACUUACACUUCUCCUUGUUAUGAGCAUAUAAACAUUUAGCUAUGCAAACUGAUCAUGUGUCUGCCAAAAUUAUUUUGAUGUUGGUACAAAAUGUAAAUAUACUUUACUCAUUUUGUUCUUCAAUAAAUUUAUAGAAAGAUGUCAGAUUGAUCCUGGCAUAUGAGCCCUCAAAAUGCUUUCCGUGACUUAUUUUGCCCACCAUCAGCAUUGACAAUAUCGUUAUUAUAUUGUAUAAAUUUGAUUAAGAUCAAAGGCCUAUAUAGUUAUAAAGUUUUUACUAUAGCAUAUCUCGUGCUAGUUACAUAGCACUGUUGUGGAAUUGUGCUGUGAUGUUUCACGACGUCUGGAGCAGUGCUAUUACUGUCUUGACAGUAUCUUAGGAAUCUAGUGAGAAGAUAGAGGAACAUUUCUGUUCACAAUAAAACUGAUAUAUUAUUUUAGACAUUAAAACAACUUAUACACUUAACAGAGGAUUCAUCCAAAUAGUUUUAAUUCUAAUGUAUGCAAUUUGAUUCAGUUUCUCCUAUCUUCUGACUUGACUUCUAGAGUUCAAGGUUAUGUGCAAAGUUUCUAACCUAGUCUGCUGAAGCAUUUAAAUAAAGAACAUAAAUCUGAAGUAA